AUGAUAGAUAAAUUAACAAAUAUAAUAAUAAUACAAAUAAUCAAAGAGAUUGAUAGUAAUGUAGAUUUGAUAUGUCUAUUGAUGACUUGUAAGAAGUUGUUUUAUCAUUAUGUUAGACAUGUUGUAAAGUUUAAACAUUUGGAGUAUAAGACCAAAAUGACAGGCACAAACCAUUAUGGUUGGGCAUUACGCAAAUUCAAUUUGAAGUCAUUUGUUGAUAUCAUCAAGAAUACAGUGUCUGAUACGCUUACAAUACGAGAUAUUGGUGAGAAGGACUAUCAUCGUGAUUAUUAUUAUAAUAAUCAAUAUGAAGCACCACCAAAUGAUAGAUUGAUUACAACUACUAUCUGUAGCCAUAAUGGAGAGAUGGCAAUCCCAGAGUCUACUCAAUUACUCUAUUGUUAUCGAUCCGUCAAUCUCCUACUUAUCCACCACGGUCCCAUGGUCGUCCAAGAUGUCUCUCGACAAUCCUCUCUCAAAUCCCUCGCUAUCAAAAUGAAUGAAUUAUGCGAGUUGUGUCUACCAACUGAAUGGCCACCACUCACUCAUCUCGUCCUCCCCCCUCAUGUUCAUUUCAACCAAUUUGACCGAUUCCCUUUGACACUCAAGCACUUGACCGUCUCCUUGUCGACUCUUACUCGAAUUGAUUACCAUGUUGGUGUCUAUGUCAACAUUCCUCUACCACCUUUUUUAGACUCGCUCUAUAUUAUGGGUUUUAAUAUGCCCAAUCUCAUAGGUAGUCUCAUUCCAAUUGGUGUCAAGACACUAAAGAUCGAUGAUACAUGUGACUUGGAUACCGAAUGGUCACCAUUGCCAUCAUCGAUAACAAGUUUGGAUAUUACAUGCUCUAAAAGGUUUCUUAAUAUUCAACAAGUAUUAUCUUCCAAUUUAGUUCAUUUUACAUAUGCUUGUACAUAUGAACCCUUCGAAUUGAAGAAAGAUAAAACCCCUUUAUUUCCAAUAGAGUACCCAGAGUCUCUUAAAUCACUCAAUUACCCCAAAUUGGUUGGUACCUAUUUCAUUCCCCAUAUUCCAACGACCAUUACAUCUCUAUCUUUGAAUCUUUGUUCAAAUCCAACCGUUAUUUCUAUAUUUGAUAGAUUACGGCUACCAGCUCAUCUGAUGCAACCACUCCCACCAAAUAUCACACAAUUAUUAAUUCAUACCAAAUCGCAAACCAAAACCACAAUCCGUUUUGAUGAUAUAAUCAACCAAACCAAUGUCCAAGAACUAUCAAUAGUAUUGGAAAUGAAUAUAGAAAUUCAUUUAUCUAUUCGAAGAUUGGACCAUUGCAAUAUACUAGUGAUAGACAAACCAUCUUUGAAUGGUGGAAUCAUGAUAUUACAACAACAUCAAUACAUAUCGGGGAUUACUCCAAUCUAUUUACAUUUUGAUAAUGGUCAAGUGACUUGGAAGAUUGAUAAUAAUUCCGAUCUUAUAUGUCUGUUGAUGACAUUGCAUGACUUUUAUUUAAAGUCAUUUAUGGAUAUCAUAAAGAAUACAUUGUCUGAUACUCUAAUCAUACGAGAUAUUUAUCAAAACUACCAAAGUAAUUGGUUGGUAGACUAUCAAACACAACCAAAUGAUAGAUUGAUUACGACUACCACUUGUAGUCAUAAUGGGGAGAUGGAAAUACCAGAAUCAACAGAAACACUUCACCUUUAUAGUUCACAUCAUAUAGAGUACUAUAGAAGUGAAAUUGUCAAAAAUGGUGUUUUCAAAGUUCCUGAUAAUGUCAAGAACCUAUUCAUCCGAACUGAACAUCUCAAGAUGAUGGAUCAUAUAACAAUUCCAAGUGAUCUAUAUUCAUUACGUUUUGUGGCCCAUGAAAGGGCACAGUCUAUCAGCGUGUCUAGAUUUACCAAUUUAACAACUCUCUUUAUUCAAUUUGUUGAAUUGGAAAAUGAAGAGACACUUCCAACUAGUUUAACAAGUCUCACUAUGAAAUUGGUCCUCUACUCCCACUCGAAAUUAUUCCAUCCAUUGACUCGUCUAGUACAUCUAGAUCUCUAUAUUCUCGGUCUUCCAAUACUAGACUUGUCUAGACAAUCAUGUCUUGAAUCAUUGACCAUUGGAACCAAUGAAUUUAAAGGGAUAUAUAUUCCUCCACCUACACAUUCACUCGCGCUGACUCGUCUCAAACUCCCACCUACCUUUAGUCCCACCAACACCCCUAUAGAACCAACCAGCCUAUUUCCACAGUCACUCAAAUACUUGACAGUAUCUUUGGAAACACUGACCGAUACCAAACUCCAAGUCAGUUAUCUCCCACCUUCUUUGGACACAUUAUCAGUUUUUAAUUGUUUGAAUUCUAUCCCGAAAAUACUUAUUCCAAAUAAUCUUAAAACACUUGAAAUCAAUUUCGCAAGAAAUUAUCUAUAUUUUCCAGAUAUCUGGAUCCCUCCCAAUUUGGUUCAUUUUAAACUUGAAUGUAAUUUCCAAAAUGCAAACAUCAACCUUCCAACUAUAUUUCCAGCAUCUUUGGAAUCACUAGACUAUUCUAAAUUAGGUAUACCCUAUCACGACCUAGUUAUUCCAAACACCAUUUCAUCUCUCUCUAUCAACUUUAUAUCUAGUGAAACCAUAUCGAUAUUUGAUCGAUUGACAAGACUUUAUUCAUUGCCACCAAACAUCCAAGAGUUAAAGAUCGAGGUUGAAAUGUCAACGAUUACUAAAAUCCGACUGGAUGAUAUAAUCAAACGAACCAAUGUCCAAGAACUAACCAUUUUGAUAACCUUUCUUAAAUCAACUCACCACCUCUACUUUUCCAUUCGAAGACUGGAUAGUGAAAACGUCCUAGUUGUUGAAAAUUCAACUAUGAAUGGUGGAAUCAUCUCCAAACAUCAACUACAAUCCAUGGAAAAAGAGGAUACCAGUACAGAUACUCCCAUCUAUCUAUGUACAUAUCAAUCCCAAAACUAUGAAAAAAUCAUUAAAGAGAUUGAUAAUAAUGUAGAUUUGAUAUGUCUGUUGAUGACAUGUAAGAAGUUGUUUUAUCAUUAUGUUAGACAUGUUGUAAAGUUUAAACAUUUAGAUUACAAGAUAAACUUUAACGAACCACACUAUAGUACACUCUUUUAUGAGUACAAUUUAAAAUCAUUUGUAGAUAUCAUAAAGAAUUCAGUGUCUGAUACUCUCAUCUUAACAGACCCCAAUAUUGUGGCUUUCAACAAUAAUGAAAAUAAUGGCAAAUGUACAUGGUUUCUAGAUUACUUGUUUCAACUAGGUAAUCGACAGAUUACAACUACUGCAUGUAACUAUAAUAGUGAAGAGACGGAAAUACCAGAAUCAACAGAGACGCUCUAUGUAUAUCAACCAAAAGUAAAUGCAAAGUUGCAACGUAAAUUGGUUAUACCUAGUAAUAUCAAGACUCUAGAUAUCUUUUUACGUGUCGCCAAAUUUGAAGAUAUAACAUUUCCAAGUAGUCUAGAGAAACUCUACUUUAUGUCUUCCAAACAAUCAACAAUUAAUAUGGCUCAACCCUCACUCUUUACCAAUCUUACAACGUUAUCUGUAUAUAGUCAAAGAUUUCAAGGUGGCUCAUGCUCCUUACCACCCAACUUGACCAGUCUAAAUAGCUCAAGAAUCAUAGAUUUGUCUAAACAAGUAAAUCUAGAAUCUUUUAUACUUGUAGACUGUAACAAUAAUCAAUCUCUUGGUGAUAUACAUAUUCAUCUGCCUCUAUCAUCACCAUUCACUCGUCUAUCCCUUCCACCAAGAUUCAUAUCCAAACAAUCAACCAACCUAUUUCCAUCAACACUCAAACACUUGGCAGUCUCUUUGGAGACACUAAAAGAUUUGAAAGUCAACCCUCUCCCACCCUGUUUGGUCACUCUGUCCAUUUUGGCUUGUAGUAGUUCUAUUCCAAUUGACCUCAUUCCAAAUAGUGUCAAUACAUUAAAGAUCAAUUACACAUCUGAUGAUUUGGUAUGGUCAUUACAGUCAUCAACAAUUACAAGUUUGGAUAUUACCUAUUCAUGUCAUAUUUAUGGUAGAAUCCCUUUCUCACUACCUCUUAAUUUGGUUCAUUUUUCACUUGGCUGUGAAAGAGACCCUUUAGGAACUCAUCCCAUCUAUCUUACUCUAUAUCCUCCAGAGAUUUAUCCAACUUCUCUUGAAUCACUAGAUUAUUCCAGGGUGUUUGGUGUGUAUGACAAACUAGUGAUACCAACCACUCUAUCAUCUCUAUCUUUGAACCUUUGUUCAAAACCAAUAGCAUCGAUAUUUGAUCAAUUAAAAGAUAAUCAAUCACUACCACCAAAUAUCAAACAUUUAGAGAUAGAGGUUUCAUCGGCAGACACUAGAAUUCGAUUGGAUGAAAUCAUCAACAAAACCAAUGUUCAAGAACUGACAUUAUCAUAUGAAAACUUUCCUCUUAAAAAUCAUAUAUCUAUUAGAAGAUUGGACGACCGCAACAAGAAUGUAUUGGUUAUAGAUAAUAUAACUUUGAAUGGUGGAAUCAUAGAAAUGAUCAUCAACAUUGAUCAAUCCAAUCCAAUCUAUUUACAUUUAGAAUGUUUUCAUAAUUAUCAAAAACUAUGUUGGAGUAAUAAAAUUAGUUAA